CGCGUUCUAUGAUCUAAUCAGGACGUCCCAUCUAAUCUAAUCUUCCUAUUACAGCCUACUUAUGACCCCGAGCCUUUUUCAAGCUGUCAAUAUCUCAACGCUCAAGUCAUCCACGAACUUUAAAGGCUUAUCUUAAGAUCCACCUGCUCUUUCUACGGUCAAAAGUACUUUAAAACGCAGUCUCGUCAAGAUUUCGCUCUCGAAGUGCCCAGUCUCUUCUCUCGUCCGACCUCCUCGUCGCUUGCGACUUUACCCCGCACCCUCUUUAUCCCGCCUCGUUUGGUCUUCUGCAUCGUAUUCUCCACGUUCUCCCCCCGUUGCAACCGAGAAGCAAAGGCCAACCCGCGGAUUCAUUCCAAGACGGACCCUUGACAAAAACGCCAUGCAUGAUAUGGUCGUGACUUUCCUCGGGACUACCAGCGGUGGUGGUCCCACCGAGACUCGGAAUUGUUCAAGUCUCGUUGUGGAUGCGUUGGGGGAUGGAUCUUUAUGGAGUGAGUACUGGUUGACUGUGCCGAGGGAACCGUUCGCCAGUUUGCACAACAGCCUUAUCGAUUCGGUGACCAAAGGUAUCUGCGUAUAGGGAGGAUAAACAAGAUCUUUGUAACCCAUAUGCAUGCUGACCAUACGAUGGGCAUCAUAACCACGCUUCGAAAUGUUCUUGGAAUACAAAAGCCAAAAGCAAGCACUCCAGAUAUGCCAGACCCUCCUGAACCGAUUAUUCCGAAAGUGGAGAUCUUUGGGCCACGCGGGAUGCGAAACUUCAUUCGAACAAUCUUAACUCUUACACAUACUCGUUCACAAGAUAAAUACUGCGUACACGAGCUUCUUCUUCCAGGAGAAAGCCCCUCUGCCUCUGCACGCUCUUCCUAUCCCGAUGACACCCUUCAUGAAAGUGAGCUUCCUGGUCAAGACCUACCCUGUGACGCGGACGGAUUCUGGCGAAAUAUCUGUUUGGAAUCAGUUCGAUAUGGAGGGGGACGUGUGAAGGUUGCCAUAGAUGCAGGUCCGAUUAUGCACCGAGAUCCUUGCAUCGGUUAUGUCGUCCGUGAAGUUAUUGGUCCUCCGAAAACCGAAUUCGAAGAAGGACGACCAAUGCCUGCAGGCCGAAAUCUUGUCAUUUUGGGCGAUACAAGUGACGCUGCUGGCAUCAUACCUCUAGUUAAUACUCCACCUUCCCUUCCCUCCGACGACGGGACGAUUGAGCCUUCAUCAUCUGGUCUAUCCCUUCCUCGUGUCUCCCUCUUAGUCCACGAAGCGACUGAUUCAUUCAUUCCAACACAUAUCGAUCCAAACCGUAGGACAGGGAAGAACCGUACCGCAGAGAGCGUGGAGACGAAAGCUAUCGAGAAAGGUCACAGUACACCUUCUAUGGCAGGAACGUUCGCGCGACAAAUUGGUGCUGAACGGCUUGUACUGAAUCACAUUGGCGCUCGGUUUCCGGCCCCUGCGACUGGCCGCCCACAGACCGGCUGGGAGCGUUUCCGCCGAGAAUGCAUUACUGAGAUUGAACGACAAGCAGAAGAGACCUGGAGACCACGUAACGGAAUCAAAGCCAUCGCAGCAUGGGAUUUCUGUACCAUCGUCAUACCUCCCAACAAAGUCGAGACUUCGAUAAUCAGCUAUGAAGAACGCAAAAGCGAACUUAUGGUUUGGGAUCGGGAGGACCAACCGUUACAACGUCAAGUAUGGGAGAGGGAAGAAGAGGUGAGGCAGAGCCUUUGGGUGCCUGGACCGGGAAACGUCACUCGGGAUGCAACUACAAGUGCGGGAGACGUGAAUAUGGAUGUAAAUCCUCGAGGUCGAGAACCCGAGGUGUACAGGUAUCGUGAGGAGAAACGGGUUGAGACUGUCUACGAACGCUCGGUAGGUGGUGAUUCGCGUCCUCCGACUCGUGGUAGAGGACAUAGCCAGGCUCGUGGUGGACCUUACGAGCAGAGGCGCGAGGCCCAUACUCGUGCUCCGGCAGGAAGGGGUGGUGCAUCCACCAGGAAUAGUGCGAAUCAAAAAAGGGAGAAUAGUGGGAGUGGCGGGUAUGGGAGGAGAGGUGGACCGUCGAGAGGAGGUGGAAGAGGUGGUUAUAGUUACUCAGAUAAGAGACCUAGAAACUUGUGAUGUAUUUGUAGACUUGUAUAACGUGAUUUUCUUG